AUGGAUCCAUAUCAAAAUUAUAAUAUUGGUGAAAAUUAUUCAAAUAAUAAUUAUAUGGAAUCAUGUACAUUUCCUUAUUUAAAACAAAUAAUUUUACCAAAUUUAAAAACUAUGCCUUCUUUAAGAAAAGGUUUUGGGGCUGUCAAUUUAAUUGAUAAAAUAUAUCUUGUUGGUGGAAAACCCAAAUGUUCAAUGAAAACAUCUAAUAUUUACGAUAUUUCAUUAGGUUUAUGGUCUAGUGGACCAAAUUUAAAUAUUGGACGAAGUUGGUAUUCAAUUACGGAAUGUAAUGGUGUGAUGUAUGCUAUAGGAGGUGUCGGAGAAGACGAUCAAAAUUUAUCAUCCGUUGAGAUGUUGGACCCACGAGUAAAUAAGUGGGAAUCAUGUUCGUCAAUGUUGAGACCACGAUUUGGUUGUAGCGUUUGCUCUACCAAUAAUGAAAUUAUAGUUGUUGGUGGGGUCAGCGAUUCAACUAUCGAGAUGUAUGAUAUUACGUCAGGAAAAUGGCAGUUUUUAGCGAAAAUGACUGAAGUGCGUGAAGCUUCAAGUGUAUUUAUUCAUAAUGAUUGUGUAUACGUAUGCGGUGGAGCUAAUGAAACUGGUUGUGUAAAUACCACAGAUAUAUUUUCAUUGAAAACUACAAUUUGGAGUAAAGGCAAACCAAUGAUUUUACAUCGGGCAUUUGCUGCUACACGUAUAUGGAAUGAUUAUAUCUUUUUAAUUGGUGGUCGUAACAAUAUGGAACCAUCAAAUUUAAUUCAAACUUACAAUUUAAAAACAAAUGAAUGGGCCGUUUUACCACAAACUUUACCAUAUCUUGUUUCAAAUUGUUGUGCUAUAACCACCAGUUUAUUAUAA